AUGAAGGCCGAAGCAAGUCAGAGAGAUCCCGACAAAUAUUGUCAAUACCAUCACACGCACUGCCAUGACACCAACAACUAUUACCAGCUGAUCAGCGAAAUUGAAAGGCUGAUUAAAAGGGGGCACCUCCGAAACUUUGUGAAAAAACCAGAAGGAGAAAGGACCCAGCAAAAUCCUACAACAGAAAGACCUCGGAGGUCGGGAACAGGACCAGUGAAAGAUAGUUCCAGUGGAACCAUCAAUAUGAUCGUUGGGGGAACUGGAGGUCGGAUGAGUAGGAGAGGAAGAAAAAGGGGCCGAGAUGGGGAAGGCAGCGGUACUGAAGUCAUGCAAGUGGCAGAACAUUCUCCAACGGUCAUCUCUUUCUCCCCAGAAGAUGCCCGCAGCAUUCAGAUGCCUCACGAUGAUGCCCUCGUUAUUGAAGUCGUCAUUCACAACUACCGAGUCAGGAAGAUCCUGGUCGAUGAUGGAAGUAAGGUGAAAUUAUUGCCGUACAGGGUCUUUCAGCAGAUGAGAAUCCCCAAAAAGCAGCUAGUUCGGGAUCAGGCCCUAGUAAAGGGGAUUGGAGGAGCACCGGUACCUGUGGAAGGAAAAGUGAAGUUGGCCCUGACCCUCGGAGAGACACCCUUUGUAAUAUCCGGCUAG